CAUUAUUUUUUGAAGAGAAGGGCAGAGAUGUCAUGAUCGCCUCGAACAGUUUCGUUUUUAGUUUGUUAGGGUAAAAGAUUCUAGUUAGUCACCCGAGUGUAGUUGUCGGGUUUUAGGUUAGAUAAAUGUCUUUGUUUCAGAGACCUAAAUUAUUUUCAAAAUAUAACCUGGUCACGUUAUGGGAGAAGUAUGGGAACGGCGCCUUCGAGAACGGGGUUACAAAAUCAUGAGUACCCUAGGAGAAGGAGCGUAUUCGAAAGUGAAACUUGCUUAUUCAACUCGAUUGGGCAAUGAUGUCGCCAUCAAGUGCAUAAAUAAACAAGUGGCUCCCAAAGACUUUGUAGAAAAGUUUCUGCCCCGUGAAUUACAAGCACUUCCACAUUUACGACAUGAAAAUAUCGUCAAAAUAUACGAGAUUCUAGAAGCGAGCGAUGGCUUCGUGUAUAUUGUCAUGGAAGCUGCACGCAACGGUGAUAUGUUACGGUAUGUUCAGCGCCGGGGAGCACUGCCGGAAGAGGAAAUCAAAAAAUAUUUCUGGCAACUGGUACAAGCGAUUAAAUACUGCCACUCCAUGAAUAUAUGCCACAGAGAUUUAAAAUGCGAAAAUUUGCUGCUGGAUAAAGAAAACAAACUCUUGCUGACUGAUUUUGGAUUCUCAAAGUCAAUGAUAUUCAACGCUGGUAAUGUAGUUCUCAGCUCUACAUUCUGUGGAUCGGCAGCCUACGCUGCACCAGAGAUUAUCCGAGGACAUCCAUAUGAUCCACGAAUGCAUGAUAUUUGGAGUAUGGGAGUUAUACUUUACAUCAUGGCAUGCGGUCAUAUGCCUUUUGAUGACUCAAAUGUAAGGAAAAUGUUGAAAGUUCAGUUAAAAAAUCAAAUAAGAUUUCCACCGCGAGUUGCUGACAUUUUGUCAGAUGAGUUGAAGCAUCUCAUUAAAAGAAUGAUUCAGCCGGAUAUAACAAAAAGAGCAAACAUGGACGAUGUUCUUGCUCAUCCGUUUUUUGGUCCAUUGAACGGAUCCAGGCCAACAACAAGUAGCAACGUUGCUCAGCAUAUCUACGACUUCUUCGCUGGCCGCCCUACGACUUCAUACGCCACUACCAGACCACACGGCAUUCGGGCAGAAUGCGGUUGCGACAAAGGUCGUCGUCCAUCAACCGGAUCGAAGAUAUCCGAAAAACGCUGCUGCAAGACUACACAUGGACACGGAACUGGCCCAUCAAGUCCAAAACAACACAAUCGUACUUAUUCCCCAACAAAGGAAAGGCACAAACGACAUAAGAAAAAUGAUGAAUGAAGAUACCUUAUUUUAUUUUUAUAAUGCAUCACCAUAUCGUACACUUUUUUUAUAUAUUAUAUAAUAUCAGUUUUUAAAUGAGA